AUGGACGCGAUGUCUCGCCACUCCUUCGGUCGCAACUCGCGUCUUUCCAACCCCAACGUCUUUUCCGACGAAUACUCAUUAGAACCGAUCGAUACCGACCGAAUCGAACGCGCUCCUAGCCCUGCCUCCAUCACCUCCUCCACCACCCCUCACUCGACUAAUCACCAUCAGAAGGCCACCGGUGCGGUCGCCGACAACGAGAACCCAUUCGCCGACGAAGCGCGGGUCUCCAUCGAUGAACCCCAUCGCUCCAGUCUGCCCCAGAAGGGGAUGGGAGGCUUCUCCAACAACCGAAAUUCCUUCACAUCCGCACACAAUGCUCCCUUCGUCCAAAGGAAUCAAAGCAUUUCGUCCCGUCUGUCUAUGCCUCGUGCCAUGAGCCCUUACACUGGAGCCACAGGACCCAGCCAUCCGUACGGCAUGUAUCCUCAGGUCGGCGUCAGUCGCUCUCCAAGUGCAGGAAGUACUUCGACAAUCCGCCCACAGGAGCGACCGCUGGCCGAAAUGAACGGGCCUCAACACCCUUACGCAAUGUACUCCCAGAAUGUCGUUGAAGAAGGGAUAGAUGACGAUAUGGUCCCGGUCGGCUUCCCCGGUCACAACCCACCAUACCAGCCGCCAGCCGGUCGUCGAGAUGACGAGCUGGGUGAUAUCAUCGGGCCAGAUGGGCACGCUGAGCCCCUGCCGCCGUAUUCACGGUACCCGACAGGUGUUGUUCCAAAGCCUCCUGGUGCCGAGAAUAUGACCGAUAUAAACUCACCUCCAGAGGAUCAGCAUCUCCACUCCAUUUCAAGGGAAGCACCGAUCUCUGAGACUUCUACGAGAGCGCUGAUGUCCGGCCCAUCCGAGAGCGUAAACGGGCAUGGCAAUGGGAACGAGUCUGGAAACGGGACGGGGCAUGGGAAUGAGAGUGAGGGCGAUGAGCGCGGCGAUGGCACAAGGCUCCCUCUUACUGGUAUCAUGGCGUUCGAAGAGAAGCUGAAGCAGAAAGGAAAGAGAACCGCAUGCUGUGGACUUCCUGUCUGGACAUUCGUCCUGAUCAUAACCGUCUUACUCAUUGGAGGAUCUAUUGGAGGUGUCAUUGGAGGUGUCCUCGGCACGAAGCGAGCUGCAGAAGCUGAGCGAGAAGCGCAACAAAAUCAGUCACAGGGCCCUCAUAUUGUUACGGUCACGCAAACGCCCUCAUUGGACUAUUCGACGAUGAUAAGUACUCCGACAAACCUGAUGACGGUUCCGACCGGCCAUUAUCUAAUUCCUUCGAUCAUGCGGAACUGCUCACGUAUGUGUAUUGAUGGAACUAGCGAGAUGACCAAAGCUUGGUCCUGCAUGAACAAACCGAACAAUUUUGAAGUUUAUGUUGAAGGGGAUGAUCACGAGCACUCGAUUGUAUUUGUGGAGGAUGGUCCUACUUCGACUUUCACCUAUGGACCCCAACCGCCGUACCUUCCUACUCCGACACAAAGUUUGACCAUGGCGAUUGACAAUAGCGAUCCCAGCAUGGGCCCCGCGCUCUUUUUCUACUCCUUUUUCAACAAGCUGGUCAUUCUUCCGGACACCACAUUCACAUCUAGUUCCGUCUCGAAGCGGUCGUAUGUGAACGGAGAUGCCAGCAUGAUUUCGUCCUUCUUAGAUCGCAAGGAUACAGCGCAGCCUGGUGAUAAGCCGUGGUUCUGCUGGUGGAACGGCACCAUGUUGGAAUUCUUCCUCUAUGUCAACCAAUCCUCGACAGAUACUUCGUCUGGCAGCACAGCGACUACCGAUAGAGACAUGGCGGCCAGCACCGCCACUGGUCCUUCCAGUUCAAAUUCAAAGCGUUCCGCUGAUGCCGCCGAUUAUCCUCGAAAAAUCAAGAUCGAAGAACGACGCGACCACUCCGGAGCUACAGCUCCCUACUGCCAGCAGAUGCAAGUUAUGGAUAACGGCCAAGUGGUCCCUCUCGCAAAUCAGAUCAUUGACGUUAAAGAGAGGGAGCCGACUCCAACCACCACCUAUACCAACGGCAACGCUGGCUCUCAGCAGACAUAUACGGCCCAGGCGUCAUACGUGACUCCAUGCUACUGUUUGUCUUUGACCGAUUAA